CUCAGUGUAAAUAAUCCCCUUUCAAUCACAAAAAAUAUCACUGACUUGAUCCUAGACAAAAAUUCGCCGGUUUUCAAAUGAUUUUAGCAUGCAAAGAGAGUGACACACGUGAUGGGGAGAUCCUUGCGAUUCUCCCGAGCGACUAGCGCCAUAAUUUAAACGACAGCCGACAUUGGCGCUCCCGAUGGCUCACUAAUUAUCGUCUACUCGGCAUCGCUCUUCUAUAUGUCUCGGGUAGUAUUUACACCGUCGAUACUUCUUCCCACCGUGACGGGGGCUUCGGAUGGAUGCGAAGACGAACGCACGUCCCACUCGUCGGCGUCUUUCAUUUGUACAAGCAUCCUAACCCCUGUCUCCAUCAUUGUUUUUUAAAAUUUCAUCUGACAAUUUUAUUUAUUUUUUCUUGCGCAGUUCGAUUCCGCAGGGCAAUUCCCAGAGUUGUAGGGUGACUGUAGCACAGCAGCUGUCACUUUGUCUCAAUUAUGGAUUAAUAUAUAGGAGGUACGAAUAUUGUGCAAUGUCGGGAACUGGCCCGUCUCCUCCUGUCAAAGAUUUCCAUCCUGAUGAUGGGGCCAGGUUCAGGGAGAUCGUGCGUUACGUGAUGAAACACACACGCUACAGCGCUGAAGAAGCGAAAAAAGCUGUCAUUGAGAUACUCAAGACGGGAAUUGCUGCCAAGACAAUCAUAAAGACGCCCAGAGGAAAAUAUUUGCUGGUGGGUAUUCCCAAACCGGAAGGUCUUCAUUACAAAAUAAGGCAGCCCAAAUUCAGUGACAGCAGCAGCGAAACCAGUGAAUGAAGUGGAAGAAAUUAAUCGGUAUAUAGGGAACAAUUAUAGUAAUCAGGGAAAAAAAUCGUUAGUGUGUCAGGGAAAUCAUGAGGUUGCGCUUCAACACGAGGAGGAAAGAUGUUUCGAGAUUACAUCGAAUUCCAAGACACCUCGCAAUAUCGAGACCGGUUGUGGUUAGAGUUAUACGAUGGCGAUGACUCAUUAAAAAAUUAAUAAAUGGAGCGGUGUAUUUUACUCCCUUUUGAAUGAAUAAUAUCGUAUAUAUAUGUAAUUGGAUUUUUUUAUUCAACUGAACGGUCUUAGGAGUUCACUGGAACAUGAUGAGAGCACACGCCUACGAAAUUAGGGGUCACAAAUUUAUGAAGAUGUCUAUUUUGUUGCCUGAAGGUUUUUUACGAUAAAGAUCUCUUGAUGAAUU